AUGAGAAAAAACAGCAUGUUCAUGGCUGGAGCCCCCCACCCUCCCUCUGACCAGCCCUACCCCCUCACAGACUCUGAUGCCACUGCAUCUUCAGAUAACAGCGAGACAGAGGGAACACCCAAGUUGUCGGACACGCCAGCCCCCAAGAGGAAGAGAAGCCCUCCACUGGGGGGUGCCCCCUCCCCCUCCAGCCUCUCCCUGCCUCCUUCAACGGGGUUUCCCCUUCAGGCCUCCACGGCCCCCUCCCCGUACCUGAGCUCGCUGGCUUCCCCCCCCUACCCCCCAUUCCCUUCUGACUACCUGGCCCUGCAGCUGCCCGAGCCCAGCCCCCUGAGGCCCAAGCGGGAGAAACGGCCCCGCCUGCCCCGGAAACUCAAGAUGGCGGUGGGCCCCCCCGACUGCCCUGUGGGAGGGCCGCUGACCUUCCCAGGCCGGGGCUCUGGGGCCGGGGUGGGGGCAGCCCUGGCCCCACUGCCCCCACCCAAGAUGCCUCCUCCCACGAUCCUGAGCGCCGUCCCUCGGCAGAUGUUCAGCGACGCGGGCAGCGGGGACGAUGCCCUGGACGGGGAUGAUGACCUGGUGAUCGACAUCCCAGAGUGACCCCCUCUCUGGCCGAGCCCCCGCCCUGUGCCCGACGCCAGCACACACGAGCCCCCAGCUUCCGCAGAGACGUUUAUUGACGCCCAGUUGCCAUGCCGCGGCCACUGACACGAUCAGAAGAGGCGUAAACAUGCACGGAUGUCCCCCGGGAGGUGGGUCCCCGUGGGGGUGGGGGUGGGGGGGAGGGCAGAGGCUCUGCCCUCCCAUCCUGGCCCCAUCCAGGGGACAGUUCUUUAAAUGAGUGGCCGGGAGCAUCUGCCACCUCUGGGAGAGGCAGAGAGCCUGUGGUGGCCCCCCCAUUUAAAAGGGCAGCUGUACAGGGCUAGGUUGGUUCGUUGGUUUUUAAGGAAGAUUCUGUAUUAAAGGAGUGGCUCUUUUUUUUGUU